AUGUCACUUUUCUACAAGAAUCCAGUUGAUAUAGAAAUCCUAUUUGAUGGUGAGGAUUCGAGAAAACAUGUCGAGAUCCCUACCAAUUCUCACUCGGCAAAGAGUUUAUUUGAUAAAUAUCCGUUAUUUGAAGAUGGGGAGAGUGUGACUGGGCUUGUAACACUGCGUGUCAGAGAAGGGAAGAAACUUGAACAUUCAGGUAUCAAAGUUUCAUUGAUUGGUAGUAUUGAUACAACUGGUUAUAACAACGACGUGAAGAAUAAAAAUCUAGAUACCUUUUUGACAUUAAGCAUGGAUUUGUGUCCUCCUGGUGAAUUAGUACAUUCUGUUAAUUACAAAUUCAACUUUAAGGAUGUAGAAAAACGAUUUGAAAGUUACUUGGGUAAGAACGUAUCUGUAAUGUAUUAUAUUAAAGUUACAAUGAUAAGAAAAUCGGCUGAUAUAGUAAAAUUGAAGAAGUUCUGGUGUCAUAGGUAUGCUAAUGAAUCCUCUAUUAAGGAUAAUGAGGGUAAACCAAUAAAAUUAGAUAUCGGAAUUGAAAACUGUCUUCAUAUAGAGUUCGAAUACUCAAAGGCACAACACACGUUAAAAGAUGUUAUAGUUGGAAGGAUAUAUUUUCUGCUUACCAGAUUAAAAGUAAAACAUAUGGAAUUGAGUCUAAUCAAAAGGGAAACAUGCGGGACAGAACCAAAUCAAUUGUCAGAUACGACUUCGAUAAGAUAUGAAAUCAUGGACGGCUCUCCAGUCAAGGGAGAGACUAUUCCCAUCAGAUUGUUCCUUGGAGGAUAUGACCUAACUCCAAACAUGACUUGUAAUUACUUCAACGUAAAAAAUUAUUUGAGUUUAGUGAUAAUAGACGAAGAUGGGAGGAGGUAUUUCAAACAGACAGAAAUAAUGUUAUACAGGACUAUGUAG